AUGGUAUUUUUGAGUCUUCUUUUUGUGUUUUUGGUCAUCACCGUGGGGCAGCAAGUGACAAACACAAUUGCGAACCGGUACGAAACACAAAACAUUGAAAUUGAUGGUAAAAUUAUACAGACAACGAACCCAAACAAAGUUCCACUUUGGAAACGAAUUCAAAAUGAAGAAACUGAAGAGAUCAAACAAAAAAAACUUGCGCUUGAGAAAAUUGCGAAGGAGAAAGAGGAGAUCCAAAAACAGUUUGACAAAAAAGUAAACAGACAGCUUCGGAAGAGCAAAAAGCACCUCGACGAGCUUGCGCUUUUUAAGAUCAAAAACGCAGAAGAAGGGAAAAAGGAAGUGAAAAUUGAAAAGGUCAAUGUGGACAAACUCGCGCUUGACAAAACAACACUCAAUUUCGACCUGCCGAAACAUUACAAAGAUGCGAAAUGCAAACCUGUUGUUAGAUUAGUGCAAACGAGCAAGACAGAGCCGACAAGACAAACUGUAGAAGUUGAUGUUUUCGAAGAGAGAGCGAAACAGAAUAACGCAAAGAGACUCAUGAGAGCUGCGGAUGAUCUUGUCCGAAACGCGGAUUUGGAGUACAAUUAUUAG